AUCAACUUCAUCAACUUUUUCACUUUCUUACUUCUAUUUUCAUCUUCAUGCAAUUCACUCUCUCCUUCAUCGCUCUCGCUGCUCUGGCUCUGGUAGCCACCGUCGAGGCGAGGCCCACUGGUAUGGACGUUUUGAAGAGGGAUUCGGCUGGACCGAGCGCUGGUAGUUCUUCUUCUCCUACUGGGGUCACAAUCCUCACCGACGACGAAAUGGACAACUGGCUCUCAACAACAGCCGCCAACCUCACCUACAUCGGCACCGCACCCUCCAAACGCGUCCCCAACACCCUCGGGCGCCGCGACACGACCGUAACCUACUGCACCAAACGCGUCGACUCCGUCUGUGGCGGGACCUGCCAAGUCUACACCGGCGGUCCCACGUGUCUCGACGCCUCGGGCACGUCCUGUAUCGCCGCGACGGCGGACGUCGGGUUCUGCGAUAAAGGCAGCUGUGGAGGCAGUUGUAAUCAGUUUUCGAGCUGUGGGACGACGUUGGAGAAUGGGUUCUGUGAUACGCCGGGGACGAAGAGUAUUUUGGUCGGUGGGCCGCCGGCGUCUUGAAGGGGUGGUGUUGCGGUUUGAGGUUUUGAGACUUUUUUUUGGGAUGAUGUCCCGACUACCUGUGUCUUUUUGGAGCUGUGCUUUGAAUAGACAUCAUUCAUUUGGUUUAGAGCUUUUCAUAUUCGUCUCUCUAGACCGCCUCGAUAGACGACCUCGCUCCUCAGAUCCUUACGCCAGUAUAAAUUAAAUGACGGACAGGUCUUUAUCGUUGGAAUUUCGAUGAAAGCAACAC